AUGGCAACGGGGCCUACCCUGCUUGGCAUGCCUAUGAAGCAAGCUUCAUUGCUCACGUUAAUGUUGCAGAACUCGGCCCUGAUUCUGAUUAUGCACUACUCGCGGAUAAUGACCCCACCGGGCGACCACCGCUACUUCGCUUCGACCGCCGUUCUACUCAACGAGAUCAUCAAGCUCGCAAUAUCCCUUACCUUCUCGAUGCACGAGGUCUCGAGGAGCUUGGCGCCGCAGACGCCCGUGACGGUGCUGUUCGAACAGAUACAUAACCAGGUGUUUUCGGGCGACGGUUGGAAGUUGGCCAUCCCAGCGGUAUUGUACACUUUGGAGAAUACAUUGCAGUACGUGGCGUUGAGCAACCUAGACCCGGUGCACUUCCAGGUCCUCUACCAGCUCAAGAUCAUCACCACGGCAGUCUUCAUGAUCGUUCUGCUCGGCCGCACCCUUGGUACUAGGCGCUGGUUGUCACUCAUCAUCCUCACCAUCGGCGUCUCGAUCGUCUCCCUACCUUCGUCAAACGCCAAGGAUAUGACGUUGGACAUCCACGACUUUAGCGACCACUUCUUCCCGCGAUCAGUACAUGAGCUCGGACAGUUUGCAGGUGGGGUGGCAGAGGCUGCGAGAGAGCUCACGAAGCGGGGUAUUGUUGGGCUAGCUGGCGAGCUCACAAGGCGAUCUGCGACAUACGAGGGUAUCGCCGACGAUCUGGACGGGGUCCCCAAGAUGAACUACUCCAUCGGCCUGACGGCGGUCCUGGUGGCGGCGAUCGUUUCGGGGUUGACAGGGGUCUACUUCGAGAAAUUGCUCAAGGACUCGAAAAGCCCAGCUUCGGUGUGGACCAGGAACAUCCAGCUGUCAUUUUACUCGCUCUUCCCUGCGCUCAUCGUCGGCGUCAUCAUCAAUGAUGGGACCGAGAUCGCCAAGCAUGGGUUCUUCGACGGAUACAACGGCAUCGUCUGGACCGCCAUCAUCUUCCAAGCCAUCGGCGGUAUACUGGCCUCGCUCUGCAUCAACUACGCCGACAACAUCGCCAAGAACUUCGCCACCAGUAUCAGCAUCGUUAUUAGUUUCCUCUUCAGCAUCCUCUUCUUUGACUUCCAAGUCAACCUCCCUUUCCUCCUCGGCACUACCCUCGUCCUCACCGCGACGUACAUGUACAGCCAACCCGAGCGCAAACGCGCCCGGCCCCCGCCCAUCACCAUCGCCGGCUACGAGAAGUCUGCCGCCGCCGCCGCCGCCGGGCCCGACGGCACCACCCCCGGGUAUUCCGACUCUAUGGACCGCCUGGCCGUACCUCUGGAUUCCGUUGCUGCGGUCGGCCUGUCGUCGUCCUCGCGCCCGGCCUCGCCGCUUGCCUUUCAUGGGCGCUCGCCGUCUGCGCGGGGGAGGCGCGCGGGGGAGUAG